GACAAAUUUGCUCAAGUCUGAAUCUGAUCGAGCGAAUCAAUGAGAUCUUGUAACACUAGCCCAUGCAGACGCAGCCCAAGACGCCCACCGACGCCCACCUUACCACACCCUCUUAUUUGCGCCUUUUCUCUGAGACUCCGUCAAAUCCAGCCAUCUUUCCACAUCAUGUCUGUUCAUCACAGUGCCUCCCAACUCGAGUUGACAGAUCAUUCAAGAAUGCACAUCUUUCUGAAUGCGCGAAUGCCUGCUCGAAGAGUGACACUUCGCCACUCGUCGCUCAUCUUCGAUGCAGUUGGUGACUAAUGAUCAAACGUCUCUGCAAUGAGAGUGUCAAAUUGAUGAUAUGAGAUGGAGCACAUUUGAGCAUGCGUUGCUCUAGAGCGACUUGCGUGCGAGGUCGACGUCAAGUCGCAAAUGAAGAUGGCAACAUGUGGGUGACUGGGGAGACCAGAUUGAAUGCGUUGCCGAGGAAGGUUGGGGUUGAGCGCUAGCAGAUAGUCCGUGCAGAUUCGGUGAUAGGCAGGCGCCUCGCUAGUGGAGAUCUUGCAAUGCGCCAUCCUUCU